AUGAAAUCAUCAUUUUCCUAUCAAACCAGCAAGCAUCAGAAAGCGUUCCGACGUUAUCAAAGUAAACAACACACCUAUUCGUCCCAACAAAUUACACCUCUUGCUGAUGAUGGUAAUGAGACAUUGAAACGAGAGGAUUGGAAUUUUGGUCCAGCAUCACCUAUUGAACCUUUAUGGCUUUAUGGGUACAGCUAUUUAUCCAUAGACAAAACAAUUUGGGGAAUGUUAUUGGAUUUUGAAUAUCAAUUGGAUCCAAAUGCAAUGGACCGUCAUGUCGUGAUCCCACGCGUUAAAACAGUGUAUGGAAGGCCUAUCUCAAAGACCACGUCCGAGAAAAAGCAGCAAGCUAAGGAGACAACACCUACCAACAUCGAAUUACUGCAGCAGUCUUUUUUAGAAUAUUCCAAUGCCAAUUUUAAAGAGUGUUUAACCACUUUACAGGAAUUGAUUGAAAGAAAAACAUUAGCAAGCUCUGACGGUGAUGAUAGAUUAUUCAUUCUCAAUUCCUUAAUUGCAUUAUUUUUAACUGUGGUAUUGAAUUAUUCAACAAUACUUUCGACACAAUAUCAAAGUUAUCACAAUAGCAUGGAACUUCUUAAAGUCGGACCGCUAAUGUUAAGAAAACUACGAAAUCCUCAGCUAGCUCAAUUUUUCAGUUCAUUGAUCAAUGUUUCAAAAAGCAACUACUACAGAAAGAGAAAGAAAUACAAACUUGUCCAUUCGUGUUGCAAGGAGUCGUUUCACGAAUAUAGUCAAACAGGGUGUGUCAUUUACUCUCAGUAUAUUCUACAGGCCCUUGCAACUUCAUGCAUGUAUUGUAACAAGUACGACGAGGCCAUUGAACAUUACGAAAAUAAUUUGUACCUUUUUGCACAACAGGCUGAUAAUGUUUACGUUCAAAGCAACACGCUUGACUAUUUUAACAGAAUAUUAACAUUUAUUUGUGAAAACGAGUAUUUUUUAAUCAUCAACAAGUGUUUCAAUAUGUUUAACUAUGGGGUGGCAUUGUAUGAAAAAAGCACCUCUGACCGUUCGAUGAGAAACGAUGUCAGCCAUGAUUGGUGCAUUAAGAGUCGGUAUUUUAUAUUUCAAGCCGUUGACAUGAUGAAUCAACACGUCUCAUCACACCACGACAUUAUCAUUGAAAAAAGAUGGCUAAAACACAUGAUAAACGUGUUCAAAGCAGUUUCUCUGAAAUGUGAAGCCAUUCCAAUGAAUGAUUGCAACAUCUCCAUCCAUUCCUUAAUGAACAAAUUUUGUGAGCAAGAGGACGGAUCUAACGAGCUUGAAUCAAAAAAAGAGAAGGAAACAAGUCCAUUCAAAAAUGACAACUACUACAUCAUGACUUUGAACAAGGCCAUACAUUUCGUAAUUAAGGAAAGUCAAAAGCAACAAAUCCUUCAAUCAGCCAACGUCAAUGAAGAUGAAUACCUAAAGGUGAAGAAAUUGGUUUCCAUACUUCCGUUGUUGAAAUGCGAUCCCAUGUAUUCUAGAAUUUUGCUUCACGAAAACAUGGUUCGAUCUCAAAAACAGUCCAUCUCAGAAUCCCUCGAUUAUGCUUUGCACACAUUGAAAUCAUCAAAAUUAUUUCUUUCACCUCUCAUGAACAAUAACGAAUCCAGUAAUGCAUCUUCAGAAAGUAGCGAGAGCCGGAGUGAUUACUUUCCAUCAAUGUUUGUACCUAUUUCUCUCAACAGUACACCAUCUUCUGUCAAAGCAGGGAGUCCCAUCAAAUUGUCUCCGCUCAAUCUUUCUCGCCCUAGUACCACCAACGUUAGUGAAAGCUCAAGGUCCAUUCAUUCAUCAAUUCUGAGCGAUCAACAACACAUAGUGGAUAAUAAUUUCGAAUCCAAGUGUACCUCCUCUCCUCUAAGAUUAUCUAGGCCUGUCACUGCAAAAGCUUCAACAUUCUCAAGAGAAAUGCAAGAAAAGAAAAGAUUAGCUGCCAUUAUAACUCUCCAGGCUUUCUUUAGAAUGGUUUUGGCUCGAAGGAAACUACGUUUAUUACAAGAUCAACUACGAAACGAAAUGUUGCAGUUGAUGCAAGUUGAGCAAAUUGAGUAUUUAAAACAUCAUGCUGCAACCAAAAUUCAAGCGCUGGUUCGAAAAUUCUUGGCAACUAAACGAGUGGAGAGAAUACGAAGAGAUUUUUCAAAGACAUUUCACACUGAACUCGAGGCAGAAAAACGUUCACUCCCUAAAGAGGUUUUGCUCUCAAUGGACCAUUGUAUGAUUUUCAGUUCACAAUAA